CGUCUCUCUCUCAGAGACCCAAGGUGAGGCUCAGCCUCCCACUUUAAAAACCUAAUCGUCAUUCUCUUUUUAGCAUUCAAAAUUUAGAAUUUCAAAUUUCAAAUUUCAAAAUUUUUACCCUUUUCUAAUUUCAAAAUAUUAUACCAUGGCUUCGACAAGAAAGGAUGUGGAUCGGAUCAAGGGUCCAUGGAGCCCUGAAGAAGACGAAGCUUUGCAAAGGCUGGUUCAAAACUACGGCCCACGAAACUGGUCUUUGAUCAGCAAAUCGAUUCCUGGACGAUCGGGGAAGUCCUGCCGUCUACGUUGGUGCAACCAGCUGUCACCGGAGGUAGAACAUCGGCCGUUCACUCCUGAAGAGGACGAUACUAUAAUACGUGCCCAUGCUCGGUUUGGUAACAAGUGGGCUACCAUUGCCCGCCUUUUGAACGGCCGAACCGAUAACGCUAUUAAAAAUCACUGGAACUCCACUUUGAAGAGGAAAUGCUCUUCGCUCAGCGAUGAUUUGAAUGAAGAUGCUAACAAUCUCCAACCAUUGAAAAGAUCGGCUAGUGUUGGGCCGGGUAACAAUUUUUCAGGACUGAACUUGAACCCGAGUAGCCCAUCGGGAUCCGAGUUGAGUGAUUCCAGUUUGCAAGGUAUUCAAUCUCCAGUUUGCCGACCAUUGUUGCGAACCGGGUCGCUUGCUCCAGUUGAAGCCUCUUCAUCAUCCACCGAUCCACCCACCUUACUCAGCCUCUCGCUUCCCGGAUCGGGAUCCGACUCGUGUGAGUUCACAAAUCAUGGAUCUGCAUCCGCAUCAGGAUUCGGACCCGUUUUGAAUUCUAAUAAUAUAGUUCAGCCCCAGCCCCAGGUAGCUCAACCACCUUUGGUACAGAAUCAUAGUUCAGGUUAUGAAAAGCAGUUCUUUAGCGCAGAGCUUUUGGCAGUGAUGCAAGAGAUGAUAAGAAAAGAAGUGAGGAAUUAUAUGUCUGGAAUUGAACACAAUGGGCUGUGUAUGCAGACUGAAGCUAUUAGGAAUGCUGUGGUGAAGUGUAUGGGUGUUAGCAAGAUCGAUUAGAGAGAAACACAUUAGUCAAUUAAUUGAUCAUCGAACUAGAACAGUUCAUCAGGGGGAUGACAAAAUGUGAAGAAAAAAAAACCUACCUUUGUUUUUUGUUUUAAUUAGUCGCUCUAUGGUUCCAUUGUCACAGAAAGUAAUAAUUUUGGUAGUGUACAGAGGGGAUAAAUUGGGAAUGAAGAAAGAGGUUUUGUUGA